AUGGAUUGCUUUGAGAAUGGAAGGUUUUCUACUCAGACGGGCUCCCAGCAGCACAGGGACAGCAGUGGCUGUCAGAUGAAUGAGGCUGGCAGACCUGCCAAACGUGUCCGAAAGAAGAGGAGACUGCUUCUGGAGUCUGAGGAUGAUGAGGAAAAUGCAGAUGAGGAUGAGGAGAAGAAUAAAUCAAAUAAUAUGAAAAGCCGCAGAAACACUAAACCAAUAAAACAAGUUGUUCCUGGAAAGAAGAAGGUUUGGAACUGGGUUUCCUACCUAGAAGAGGAACGGAUGCCAGCUGCUCCCCUCAAACUGUUCAGAGAGUAUCAAUCAUUCCCAGAAGGCCGAAAUGGAUUUAAAGUUGGAAUGAAAUUGGAAGGGCUGGAUCCUGAACAUCCCUCUCGAUUUUGUGUUCUCACAGUGGCUGAGGUGAAAGGGUUCAGAAUGAGAUUACACUUUGAUGGUUACCCCGAGUGUUAUGACUUCUGGGUCAAUGCUGACUCCUCUGACAUCCAUCCUGUUGGCUGGUGUGAAAAAACAAGUCAUAAACUGCUCCCUCCUAAAGGUUUCAAGGAGGGAGAAUUUAAUUGGACUUCCUAUUUGAAGAACUGCAAAGCUCAAGCAGCUCCAAAAAGCCUUUUUAAAACCCUCAGCACUCCUGUCACACCCUCUGGUUUCCGACUGGGAAUGAAACUGGAGGCAGUGGACAAGAAGAACCCGUCGCUGAUGUGUGUCGCCACCAUCACGGACAUGGUGGAGAACCGCCUGCUGAUCCACUUUGAUAACUGGGAUGAGAGCUAUGACUACUGGUGUGAAGCCAGCAGCCCAUAUAUUCGUCCUGUUGGCUACUGCCAAGAAACUGGAACCCCCCUGACAACACCACUUGGAUACAAAGAUUCCAAAUCCUUCUCCUGGGAGAAAUACUUGGAAGAAACUAAUUCCCAGGCAGCUCCAGCAAGAGCAUUCAAACUGCGUCCUGCUCAUGGAUUCCAAGUUAAUACGAAGUUGGAGGCUGUGGACAGAAGAAAUCCCAUCUUGAUAAGAGUGGCAACAAUAGUUGACAAAGACGACCAUCGCAUCAAGAUACAUUUUGAUGGCUGGGACUCCAGUUAUGAUUUCUGGGUGGAUGCAGACAGCCCUGAUGUCCACCCUGUGGGCUGGUGUGCAAAAACUGGACAUGCCUUGGAAGUCCCUCUAGGUGCUGGUGCUGGAGUGGGAACAGUGGGACAAGCGUGUCCCACUCCCGGCUGCCACGGUGUCGGUCACGUCAGGGGCCCAAGAUAUGGGACUCAUUAUACGUUGGUUGGCUGCCCCUAUUCUGAUGUGAACCUCAACAGAGAGAACUUGUUCCAGGACCGCCUGGGUGGGGACAGACCUUCCCCCAGCAAUAACAUGCAGAAAGCCAAGAGGCUGGAGACUCCUGGCCCAUUCCUGUUAGGAGCAGGAGAGUCUUCUCAGGAAGACUCUCCACAGUCCAGAAAACCUGCACAAGGCAGUGAAAAGUCGUGUCAAGGCAGUGAAAAGUCGUGUCCAAGCAGCGUUCCCAGCCCGUCGGAACAGUCAGAAAACAAUCAUGAGAGAGACUGGGGAGAAAAGGAUUCCUCUGCAGGCAUCAAAGCCAAAAGGAAGAAGCUUGGGAGUUCACAUGCCUAUAUAAAGUUCCAGCUGGCAAAACAGGAAAGCAAUGGGAAAGACCCUGACCUGGAUCUCCAGCAGGCCCUCCACCAGUCCAUCUUCAUGCCUUCCCUGGCCUCCAGCCCGACCCACCGCCUGCACCUCUGCUGGGAGCAGCACUGCAGGCUGUUGCCAGAGGUCUCGGGCCUCACGGCCAAACACGUGGCCAAAUGGAGUGUGGAAGAGGUGGUGAGCUUUGUCCAGCGCUUACCUGGUUGCAAAGAGCAAGCAUCUGUUUUCAGGGAUGAGCAGAUAGAUGGUGAGGCCUUCCUGCUCCUCAACCAGAGUGACAUUGUUAAAAUCCUCAGUAUCAAGCUGGGUCCUGCCCUGAAGAUCUACAAUGCCAUUCUCAUGUUCAAGUCUGCAGAAGACAACUAA